CCCCAACGCUCCCCACUUUCCUUUCCCUUCCCAAAUUGCUGCCAUUAAUAUCUAUAUUCUAUACAAUACAUCUACAUCUGGGGCGGGUUAAUCCUAUUCCCUCUCCGCCUCGUUUCUGCUCGCUUCCAGAAACCGUAGACCCUCUCCCUACCAACGAUAUAAAGCCGGCGCGAACCCUAAUUCCCCAAUUCAUCUCCCGAUCUUGGAUUUCUCCCAUCCCGCCGCUGGAGACCGCUCCCCGAAACCCUUGUUCGUUGGACGGUCCUCGUGGUGAUGGCGAACGGCGACGGCCCCUCCGAUACCGAGGACUACGUGCUCCGCUCCGGCGUCCGAUCCGGCCUUAAGCGGGAGUUCGCCUUCGCGCUCCGCUCCCAGGCCACCCUCCCAGUGUCCCUCGGCCGCACCCGCUCUGGUAAGUCCCUCUCCUUCUCCCCCGCCGCCCUUUCUCGCGAUUCCAAGAGGCCCAAGAAGGCCGAUGCCCAAGAUCUGGCGUCCAAGGCUGCUGGACUGCCGCUAGAGCCGGUGGCGCCGAAUCCCGCUCCAAAUAUUUGCCAGAUCGAGGCAGAAGCACCAGUUGUGGUCGAUCGUACGGAUGAAGCCAAGACAGAGGCCCCAAUUGUGGUGGAUGCACAGGAUGAGGCGAUGCCGGAUUGCAACCUUCCAGAGAAUUGGUCUGUUGUGGAGAAUUCUUCUCAGAUCGGCGUUCUUGAUGAGGUUAAAGUGGAUGGUGAUACGCCCAUUAAAAGUUUUACGGAAGCAGGAUUAAAGGUUACAUCGGAAGGCUCGCCAGUGCCGGCAGUGGCUUCUUCGCCUCCAAUUGAGGCAACUGGAUCGGUGAUUGAUGAUAAUGGGGUUGAGACCCCAAUUGUGAUUGACGAUUACGUUGCCUGCAAGGCUAAUGGUGACCGAUUGGAGAAUGGUUGUGCCUUGGAGGACCCAAUUGUAAUCGAUGGUCAAGAUGGACUGAGGAUGGAUGGCACGGCACGGGUCACGACGUCCUCAUCGAAGGUCACCUUGCAAGAACCAGCGACUCCAACCCCUCUAUCAACAUUAGAUCAGGCUGGUUCUGUGGCGGAGAUGCCAAUUGUAGUAGACGAUCAUGAUGAAUUGAAGAAGCCCGCCAGAAGGUUCACGAGGUCAGCAUUGAAGGACCCCCCGAUGGAGGAUGAAGUCGUUAUCCUGGAAUUUCCGAUGGUGAUAAAUGCUCAUGAUGGGUCUAAGGAUGAAAAUAGUCUCUCAGAGAAGCCUGUCAGGAAGUUUACAAGGCAGACAAUUAAGGCUAAAGAGGAAGAUUUUGGAGCAGGGGAAACCGUGACUACUAGUAGUGGGUCUGUUGGAUCAGAGGACCGGAAGGCUGAGGCAAAUAUUGAGGAUGGAUCUUUGAAUUCGACGCCCAAGAAGAAGAUGGAACUGAAGAUGUCCAAGAAAAUUGUGCUGACGAAGCUUCCAGCAAAUGUUAGGGACUUGCUCUCUACUGGUUUGCUUGAGGGGUUGCCUGUCAAGUACAAUACCUCGAAUGGCAAGCAAGCGGUGCUUCAGGGCGUGAUAAAGGGAAACUCUAUUUUGUGCUCUUGUUCUUCAUGCAAUGGUUCCAAGGCUGUUUCAGCUUAUCAGUUUGAACUGCAUGCUGGUAGCACGAAGAAGCAUCCAUCAGAUUUCAUCAUUUUGGAAAAUGGGAAUAGCCUUCGUGAUGUUCUAAAAGCAUGCACGAGUGCUCCAUUAGACAUGCUGGAGGCUGCAAUCCAGAAUGCAAUAGGUCAAGCACCUCCAAAGAAACCAGUUACUUGCCAGAAGUGCAAAGAGUCAUUUCUUACUUCACUCUCCGGGAAGUUUGCACUGCUGUGUGAUUCAUGUCUCGAUUCAAAGCAGCAACCAAAAACUCCAAGCCCAUCACAUGGAACUGCUAGUACUGUCAGGUCAUCAAAGACAGGGUCAUUACAGGAUCCAUCAGAUAGCUCAACCAAGAAUCUGCCACCAAAUAAGAAGAAUAGUGGGGGAAAGUUGACCAGAAAGGACUUAGGGUUGCACAAACUGGUUUUUAUGAAUGACAUUUUACCUCAGGGAACUGAAGUGGCCUACUAUGUUCGUGGAAAGAGAUUGCUUCAGGGUUAUAUAAAAGAGUCUGGGAUAUACUGUCACUGCUGCAAGACUGUGGUGAGUCCUUCACAGUUUGAAGCUCAUGCUGGUCGGGCUUCACGACGCAAACCUUACAAUAACAUCUAUACUUCCAAUGGAGUUUCGCUUCAUGAAUUAUCUGUGUUGCUAUCUAAUGGCCGAAAGUUGUCAACGAGUGAAAAUGAUGAUCUCUGCAGCAUUUGUGCAGAUGGUGGGAAUCUUCUCCUUUGCGAUCUCUGUCCUAGGGCCUUCCACAAAGGAGGACUGUGAGAGACCAAGAUUAUGGAGGGAUGUACUGUAUAUUAUUAACCGUGGGUACAUCUGUGGUAUGUGCGGGGAUUUUACGUGUUCUGGGAAGUGAAAUUGCUGAACUACCGCUAGUUGCAACAAGCAGAGAACAUCAAGGGCAGGGAUACUUCCAGUCUCUCUUUUCUUGCAUAGAAAGACUGCUGGUAACUUUGAAAGUCAAUCAUUUUGUGCUUCCGGCAGCUGAUGAAGCUGAAUCCAUCUGGACAAAGAAAUUUGGUUUUACAAAAAUAACUUCAGAUGAGUUGCAAAAGUAUUUGAAGGGUGCCCGAACAACAGUAUUCGAAGGGACAUCGACACUCCAUAAGCCAGUUACGGUUCCUCAGGCUUCUGGUCAAGGAAGGCAAGGGAGCAGAUGAAAUUUAUUGUCUUUUGUUCGGUCAUGUUAGAAGAGCCACCUUUUGCAACGCUUUUUCCAUGACAUGUACAUAGGAGGAUAGGGAAUGUACAGGAAUCAGUUGCCUCAAGCUGUUUUUGUGGCUAGCGGAUCGUGAAGCCCAAAAGUUCGGGAGGGAACAUAGGAAUUGCUAAAAUGUUAUCGAAGUCCUGGAAGAUAGAAACAAAAAAAAAAUGAAAUCAGCAAAUUUUGAGUUAAUGGUUGUCUUUUUUUGGUGUUUUAUUGUUUGCUUUGUGAUUCUGCUAAAUUUAGAAAACAGCUUGUAUGGCCAAUAUUUUGAUUUUCAGCUUGAUGCAUUUUUGAUGAGUUAUGGAACUGU